GUGCCGUGUGUACCUGCGCAGAGACGAAAGGACACCGUCUGUUCGAGAGAACUUUGUGCAUGGACUCUGUACACUGGUUCAAGGGCAGCAAGCACCGCCACUACAAUUUGCACAACCUCUACGGCAAGGCCAUGAGCCAAGCAACAGUCAAUGCCCUGAACGCGCUGUCCGGAGGCCGGCGCAACCUAGUCAUGUCUCGCUCGACGUUCCUGGGCAGUGGUCGCUACGUGGGCCACUGGUUGGGCGACAACGCCAGCCGCUGGCCGGACCUGGGUCACUCUAUCAUCGCUAUGCUCGAGUUUGGCCUGCUCGGCAUACCUCUGGUAGGCGCCGACGUAUGCGGGUUUUACGACGAUGCCAUUGAAGAACUCUGCUUGCGCUGGAUGCAGCUGGGUAUCUUCUAUCCUCUAGUCCGAAACAACAAUGCCAUUGAAAGUAGUGCUCAAGACCCGUCGGCGUUCAGCGAAGACUACCAAGCAGUGGCACGCAAUGCCCUGAAGCUUCGAUACGAGCUGCUCCCUUUCCUGUACACUCUGUUUCACCACGCGCACACCAAGGGCACCACCGUGGCGAGGCCACUCUUCCACGUGUUUCCAAACGACACGGAGACGUAUGAAAUUGACAAGCAGUUCAUGUGGGGCGAGGCCCUUCUGAUGACUCCCGUCCUCGAACCGGGAGUUGUCUCCGUGGACGGCUACUUUCCUGCGGGAAAGUGGUAUGACUACCACACGGGUCGGGAAUUCUCAAACUACAAGAGCGGCCAAUGGCUUCCCGUCUACUCGCCGCUGUUCGACCCGAACCGGCCGUGUAACUUGCACGUCCGUGGCGGCUCUGUGAUCCCCAUGCAGGGACACGCGAACACAACCACCGUGAGUCGCAGGAAUCCCAUGAAGCUUUUGGUAGCACUUAAUGCGUCUGGCGAAGCCGUCGGUGACCUUUACUGGGACGACGGAGAGACAAGAGAUGCACAAGUUCUGGAGGAAUACGUGUACCUCAAGUUUCGUGCAAUGAAUAACACUCUGGAGAUCUGCAGCUACCAGUACAAGAAGCUGUUCAACUCGACGUUCGACGAGUUGGCCAUCAUGUCUGUUCGUGUCCUGGGAAUCCGCCGGAGGCCCGCCCGCGUCGAACUGGAUGGCUACUAUCUCCUCUCGCGCCGACAGUACCGGUGGCACCACAGCAACAAGGUCAUGGACUUGAAGCAGAUUCUCAUGCCUCUCAGGAAAAACACCACCGUCCGAUGGUAUAUGUCGUGACAUAGGCGUCCCGAUAAACUCGGUUUCGUCGCGGCCGAGCGAACUGGCAGCGACCGUGGCCGCUGCUUGCGAGAUAGCGAGAGCAAGUGGCCCGUGACGCCGUCCCCGAAGCGGACAAGACGACCACGCGGGGCUGUGCGAUGUGCGGGGUGCGCCUACUCCUGCGACUGCUGCAGAAGAGGAAAGAGCGCCCUGCGAUUGUUCUAAGUCAGACUUUGCCGUGGACCUCGCAUUGCUGUGUGAAACAGUUCUAAUGUGUAUGCUGUGUGCCGUCGCACAUCUACGUGAGACGGCACUGCCGUAUUAACAGGGAGUUGGGGCCGGACCGAACAAUACCGUCUCCCGGUACAAUUUCCGGCCGCAAGUGCGCAUACUUACCCGCAUCGUCAGCUUUGAUGUCAACGCUGAAUAGAAAACGGCUAUUGUCCCACAAGAAAACCACACGUUGACUGCCAUAACUUCUUAUAACAGUGACCUUCGGUGCGCCUGGUUCCUUUAUUAUAUUGAUCGUUGUUGUUUCCUGACCAGAAGCCGCAUUCGCGGAGUUCUAUUGAAUGGAAAGGUGAAAGUGAUAUUGACAACGUAUAUCACGACUGUCUCGACUGUGAGCAUCGAACGCUCGCCAAAGUGAUCUCUGUGGGAACCUGCUUUCCGCAUUAGCUUUUCGAAGAGACAAGGCGAUGUUCUUAUAAGUUGUUAUUGAGUACAUAUUGAUGCUCGUGAAGCGCAAACGCAAUUAAGCUUCGGAAGAGACCUUAUGGCGGUUGCGAUCGCUACCGCUAGUCUGCGUCUAAGCGCCGCCGUUUCUGUUGACUAGAGACUCCAAAAGGAUUAGGACGCAAGGCCAUAGAAGACGAACAAAGCAGGCCCAACUAAUAAGCCCACGGCGUCCAUAAACAGUGUUGGCUGUCGCCGUUGGUAGCACGAAAAAGUCAGUAUCAGCUUGCUGUAAUCCACAGAGAGGGGAAACGUUGUAGGUGGUAUAUACAUAUUGCCCAAAGAGAAUACAUAAGGUCCCAGGCCACAGUGAAAGGAAAUACAAGAAUGAUGAAUGUAAUGCCCUCCCUGCCUGAGGUAUGGCUACACAUGUUAAGACUGCUGAUUGCGUAGCGGCUAUCAGAAUUUACCUUUGGGACUAGAAUGAACGAUUAUCGUAGGCUUAAAGAAACGCCGCUAUUAGCUACGCAAAGUACAUAGUGUCCGAUGGACGGUCACAUCUGCGUGACCAUUGCGCCAUAUAAGGCUCAGCAAGCUUAGGUUUGAAAUCAGCUCGACCUGAGUGAGACUGAGAGCAUCAGCAUACCAAGAGAAGUACAGUGUUUUCUGAUGGUAAAAAAAAAAAAAAACACGCAAACGGAGAGCGGAGGAAGCAAAAUACAGCUCACUAGGGAAAGUGCGCACAAUUACAAUAUUUUUUCGACCAAAUCUGCUUCAACUUCAGUGGCAAAGUAAAAAAUGACGUUUAGUAAAGGAAACGUAACAAGGAUGCGAUGUCGCCAUCAGAAUUAUGCCAAACUUAGCCUACAAGCCACUCUUAGCAACGCUGUGUGCCUCGAGGGUAUACUCAGUUGAAUUAAACACUUUGUUACUUUUGGUUCGCCAUUUUGUGCAGUAUCGAUUGUGCUCUUUUUUAUAGGCGGUACUUUGAUAAUGAGUAACAUUUUUGAAAAGGCGAAGUGACAUUUGUAAGAGCUUUGAAUAUAACAUACCUUUAGUAUGGCACUUAACACUGCCAUAUAAAAACCCACGGAUAUGUUACGGGCAUUAUUAUUGUUAUCUUGUAUGAUACCACUGUUCUUGUAUGUAGGUUUAUAUUCAUUUCCAGCUGUCUGUCUGCGAUUGCAGAAUGUGCUAUGUUUUCGUGAAAGAAAAGCUUGUUUUCGAAUGACCAAAAAGUCGAAAUUAUUUGCUUAUAAAUAAAUUCUUGAAGAUAU